ACCCGACUAUUACAGAUGUUUUUCAGGGGUUUUUUUUGGAGUGCAUGGUUAUGAUAGAGAACAAUAAAUUCCAAGAGCUAUCUCAAAGCUCGCACAGCAAUCGUCCCAUUACAUCGCCAUUGCUCAUCUACACCAAAUCAAUGAAAUCUUGUCAAAUAUGAGCUACCACAGCUUGCUUUUUAAGAUACGGAUUUAAAAAAAAGGAGGGGGAAAAAGGAUACAUGAUAGCGUAAAGGAAGUUAAAUAUUUUGUGUAUCAGCCCUGCAUUGCUAGUUGCUCCCUGAGAUUCGCGUGUUGGAACAUUGCCGCCUCACCGCUCUCUACCAAACCAUGUGUUAUUUUAUCACUACGGAUAACAGUCUAUAGGAGAAUUCUUUUUUUUUUUGACGUAGAACUAUAUCGAAAUCCUAUUAUUUUGUUUUAAUAAGAGUUAGUUAAUAUGGCAGAAUAUAAAAGACGUUUACAAUGUGCGACGCAUCGGCGGAAAACGGUGAAAUUUGAAUCCAGUAUCCCAAGUUAGAACCCACUGCGAGUGUAUAGGACCAAAACACGCGACCCUUGUUAUAAGGCCUUUUAUCAAAUCAUCUUCUGGAAGAUUGUGCCUUUUAUUCGGAAUUAUCACACAGUGUUCGUCCAUGGAUUUACACAGUGGCGGGGUAAUCUUACAGCUUUUGUUGAAAUGAGUUAGGGACAUUUAAAAAGAUUCAGUGGGACUCGAUUUCUUGCAUAAAAGGAAUAAAAUCAUGGAGAAAGGCAGGUCGGUAGCGACCAAGAGGCGUCUAGAGACGGACAAGUGUCUGCGAUGUUCUCUAUGGAUGUUUUCGGGAAUAGCCAUCUCUCUGAUGGUCAUAUUGCUGGGGUUCACGAUAUGGACGCUAGUGUCAUACCAAAACACAGUUACCGCCCUUCAAUCAAGGGUCGAUAAACUGGAAGUGGACCUCGAUUUAAUCCGAUCUGGCAAAGAGGCCUUAAUCGCCAAAACAGUUGAAGAAGAAGUUUCUAAGAGGUUAGAAGUGAUGAAAACGCAGCUACUAGCAUUCUACACGCAUUCCCAGCCCAGGUACAGAAGACAAGCCUGUAAUUGUCAAGGACAGAAAGGAGACAGGGGACCUAAAGGUGAUUCCGGCUAUCCCGGGUUCCCGGGUUCUAUUGGGCAAACCGGACCGCAGGGAGAACCCGGUCAACCAGGACCCCCUGGACUGAAGGGAGAAAAGGGGGACAAGGGUAAUGAGGGGUUACCUGGGUACGAUGGAGCACCGGGCCCAAAGGGGGUCAAAAGGUCAAUACGAUUCCAGGACGAAACCUUCCGAAAUAUAGUAGACCUAAAGGGAGCGUCUUAUGAAGUUAUAACGAUAAAGGGAGAGCCCGGAGAACCUGGGGCUAAGGGUAUACAGGGAGACCCGGGCGAACCCGGACCCAAGGGAGACACGGGACUGCCUGGAUUUGACGGUUUACCUGGACCAACUGGACCACCUGGAGAACCUGGGCCAAAGGGAGAUCGCGGUAUACCAGGAAACCCUGGAGUACCGGGAAGUAAGGGUAUGAUUGGGGUUCAGGGGCUUCCUGGUAGGGGUGAUCCGGGACCUCAAGGUCCAAAAGGUCAGCAAGGAGAGAUAGGCCUUCCGGGCUUACCAGGAACUAAAGGCUUGAAAGGCGACAGAGGACGACGCGGGAAAAAAGGAAAGCGUGGAAAGCGUGGGGUUGGUCGACUAGGACCCCGAGGUCCCAUUGGUAAAAGAGGCCUUCCAGGGCUACAGGGUUCAAAAGGUGACAAGGGUGCCCCAGGAGAACAGGGAGACAGGGGCCUGGGUAUUCCUGGUAAAGAUGGAAAGCCCGGCACAAGAGGGAUCCCUGGAGAUAAAGGUGAAAAGGGUGAUGAAGGUCCGCUAGGACCUCCGGGAAAUGAUGGUCAGAUAGGACCUCCGGGACUACCUGGGCCUCCGGGAGACACCAGCAUUAUAGAUACCUCUGAUUAUAAAGGCAUAAGCCGUGUUAUUCCUGGUCCCCCUGGUCCCCCGGGUCCUCAGGGUCAACAAGGAGUACAAGGCAGGCCUGGAAUCAAGGGCGAAAGAGGCCCUGUUGGUAGCAAAGGUGAAAGGGGUGAUAAGGGAGAGGAAGGACAAUUGGGACCCAUGGGAUUGCCCGGGAGCUUUGGGCCGCCAGGUGUAAAGGGAGAACUAGGUGACACUGGUUUGCCGGGCCCGAUGGGUCCACCUGGUCCCCCAGGACCUGAAAGUGCAGGUGCUUGUUCCUGCCCGAAAGGCGAAAAGGGGGAUAGGGGAAGAAGGGGGAAGCGUGGACCAAAAGGAAAUCAGGGGAUUCCUGGAUUAGACGCCCCCUGUCCGGUGGGUGAUAAUGGCCUUCCAUUACCUGGUUGUGGUAUUCAGUAUUAUAAUAAGGGGGCCCCUGGUUAUUCAUGUCCCAUUGGGCCAGACGGCAUACCGCGCUGUGGAAACAACGGCAAUACCAGAGGAUAGAGAUGCGUUGUUUUCCAUGGUGCUUGUUUUCAUCUUCAUCCAUGAUGAAUAACAGGGCGCUGUUAUCCCAGAGAAGUUUGUCAAAUAUUGAAUCAUUGUUUCAUAUUUAUGAAUGUAAAGUUCAAAGAACUUUACUAUUUGACAUUAUGAGUUGAGUAACUACAUUUUAUCAUAUUUUAUAAUCCCACAAUGUUACUCGUUGCUUGUUUAAUUUUUUUGAAUUUUCUAAUGUAAAUUCUACUGAUGUACUUGGAGAUAUUUUGAUACUGAUAACAUCAAAAUAUAUUUGUCAAAAAAUUGAAUGUUAAAAAUGUAUUUUUGCUUAAUUUCAACAUAUUUCUACAGAUUUUCUGUGACUCUUUAACACAUUAUUCUGAAUUCAAACUUGCUUGAUUGCAAAAGUACAAUAAACGUCUUUGCGAACAAUAUGAAAAAUAGUUCAGCAUACACAAUUCGUUUAAAUUGAUAUAAAGAUUUUAAAGAGAUUUUUAAUUAUUUUUUUCUCGAAAAUACGAAUUUUAAUUAACUGACAGUUUAUAUUUCUAAACCGAUUGAAUAUAGCUGAUGUAUAUUUUGAUGAAAUAUAUAUAUACGAAAUAUCAUGCUUCUUAGUUAAUCAAGUUUCGUAUGUAGGCAAACAUGCCACUUUAAAACAAUAGCUCCUAAUUUAUAAAAUGUUUAACAGACAAAUAUUUUUAUUCAAUUAUGUUUUAUUUUGAAGCUCUACCUGAAACAAAGUUGUACAGGUAUAUGAUAUAUAUACAAAGAUAAAAUAUACAAUUUGUAGCAUCAAAAUCAUACUUUGUUGAUGUACAUGUAUAUCCUUUUAAUGUAUAUAUACAAUUCAAUUAAAAUGACGUAAAACACUAAAUAAUCCCAAAUUUUAUUGAUGUUUCAUUGAUACGGAUGCAAUUUUUCCUAGCCAGGGUUUUGUCAAAUGAAUAAUUAAACAUUGAAAUGAAAUAUUUACAGCAAUGUUAUCUAAUAAGUCACUGUAUUUUUCAAAAGCCAUUAUCUCAAUAAGACACGUUUUUUUAAAAUCUAAAGACAUGUCAGAUAUAAAUGUAUUUGCAAAUAAAUAUCUUUCAUACCAAAUUAGACAAGUUAAUUGAUAAAAUAUAAAGCAUAAAUCGAUAGAUGUACAACUGUUCAUUUAAAUUGUUUAUGCUUGUUUUUGUUAAUGGUGUAGUUAACUGCACUUGAUUUUUCAAAAUAUACAUUUUUAUCUUAAUAAAAUAAUAAUCAAUUUA